AGCGUUUCAUCCUAUGGUUUAAUCGAUCAAUCAAGAAGAUUGUGAGUGAGUUUCGCAAGGCAUGCUGGGUAUGCUACCCUUCCUUUUUUGGCGGUUUUACCUCGUAGUAACUUUCCAGAAAAACGAAAGGGUUAUGAUGAGAGAUUAUGUCAUACCCUGGCACAUGCUUUGUCCAAUGGACCAUGGAAGGGACUUUACUUGGCUGACGAGGACGCACCUCACCAGUAUCAGAGCAACAGCUGUGGGGUGUUUAUGCUGAUGGUGAGAUGCAUUAUUUUCAGAAAUGAUGACUGAUGACUAGUUUGCAAAACAACUAACUCAUUUGUAUGUUAAUUUCAGUACACAAUGUAUUCUACCCUCAAAAGCAAUAUGAUUUCAGUCAUCUCAAUCAGAUGUGUAGCAUGAAAUAUAAGGCUUUUAAUAAUCUAGUCAUCCUUACUGGAGGCUACAAUUAACAUGCAUCAUAGGUCAUACACAUUCUUUGUCUUCAGGUACUGCACUUACGGGAGGAGAUGGCUACAUCUUCACAAUAAUUUACACUGCUAAACAGUACUGUAACAUGGAUUUGUAUUAGGCUAUGAAGUCAUUUAAAGCAUAACUUUACUUUUCAAGGGGACAUGCUCUAUCAGGAGGUGGGGGUUGGACAGCUGUUGGAGACCUUUAUGCUUGAAAGGUUUAUAUACUGUGUCCAUGUUGCUAUUUACUUAUUUUUGGUGCUCACGAAGAUCGUAGCCAAUACACUUGUCUCUCUGUCUCUAGCCCUGCAGAACUAGCUGGCUCCUUCUCACCCUCUCCAUCUCCCCAUCUCAGUUACACCUUCCAAUCACUAAGCAGUGAAAGCCCUGCAGGACUAGCUGGCACACCAAGCUCACCCUCUCCAUCUCCCCAUCUCAGCCACACGCUCCAAUCUGGCACAACAGAGGACAGGCCAUUCUUACCAACCUAAGUCCUUCAGUAAAUUGUACAAGAGACGCUGAGACUGUACAUGGCGAUGCUUGGCGUGUUCAACAGGGUUUCAAACACAUUCCGAGAACUAAUCAAGCCUCUCCAUCAUUCCAUAUAUAUAAAUGACAGUUUGGCAGGGGACAUUAAGCUUAAUAAAGACAAUCUCAUCUACAUAACGGUUAGAAAGAUUUACAACAAUGCAGGCUGUCAGUGGCCUUGCGCUACGCCUCAAAGGCUUCUCAAAAAAGAAGAAUUGGCCAAGCGCACCCCUGGUACUGAGGCACGUUGCAUAUGGCAGGUUUGUCAUAAAAGAUGUCUGCCUAGCAUAAUGUUCUUUUAUUACUCCUUUUUCGUUUUAUUUGGGACGUCAUUUUUGCAAUCCCUUUCAUUUGUAAAUGUACAUACUACUGUAGUAAAUGUAUCUGCCCAGAAAUGCUGGUAUUUUAUUACUCCUUUCUUUUUUGUUUUUGUGACAAAUGCUAUACGAUGUAUAUAACAUACAUUUGUGCCUACGAUGUAUGUUGUAAGGUUAAUUGUUACAGAGCAAUUACUUGAUUUUGUCUUUAUUGAAAACAUUCAGUGGGAAAAGUAAGUGAACACUUGGAGUCAAAUGGCCUACUGUUUGAGCCUUCAUAGUGUCUGUUAACUGGAUUUGAACUGCAUAACGUCCCAAGUGUUAUUUUAAUCUAUUAAUUAUUUAAUUUGGGCAUAUUCUUAAACAACUAUAUCAAACAUCUCACUUAUACCUAAUACCCUACCUAUACUAACCCAGAAGAUAAUGAACAUGAGAUCAUGGAGCCUCCCUGUAAUGAUCGUGUUGCAUCAAGUUUGAUGCAAAGUUUGGGCCGAGAUCCGACACAUAAAUGUAAGCCAACAUUCUGUAGGCCCAGCUGGCUAACGUACCCGUAUUACGAGAUCGAAGAAGAAGGGGGCGCUAACGUCAGUUCUAUGCUGCCAAUGCUACUAGAUCGACGAAGAAGAACGGGGCGUUCCAGCCUGCGUAGACGAAAACGCCCAUCACACGAGAACGCCGGGGGGGCGUUUUAGUCUGCGUGAACGAGAACGGCCACGACACGGGAACGCCCAUUUGUGUCUGCAGUCGGAUGAUAUUGGAGAGUCUUGGCCCCAUAACGCGGAAGCAAAUCGCUCUUGUAUGCUACCCUGCGCCACUGAGCAGUUUGUAUACGAAUGAAUGGGCGGCCAGUCCGUGGUCCAUCCUUUAUUAUGUCCAUGCUCUGGCAGCAUCUUUAGACGGAUGAGGAAGCCGGAACCAUUACGUCAUAGGCCACGCCCACUGGAUACAAACCCAGCGCGGGAGUCAGAUGAGGUCAGGAACAUAUGGCCGUCCCGUUGCUAGAACACGGCAGCGCCAAACAUUUAACUGACGACUGCUUCCUCAACUUGGGCCAAUACAGAGCUGGACUUGCUCAACGUCUGAAAAUCAAGUCUGGAUCAGUACCAACUCUCCUCGGCUCAGCUACAAACCUCGAUAAACAGACCCCCGACACCAUUUCAAUCAAGGUUGAAGAGGAUAUUGGUGGAGGCUUGCCCGCCGUAGAAGACUGCGAUGCCUUCAGAGACCGUAGCACUCAGCGCGGCGCCACCUCAGAGAGUCUGGGUGUGGUCGCCCCUGGCUCCUCCCACAUGUCCAGCCACAGUGAGGAACUGAAGAUUCUGAGCGUCUACGGAAAAGGGGAGGGCCCACUGGCGGAGGACGGCCAUGGCACCCUCUUCACCGCGUCAGAAGUGGAGGCCCUGAACUCGCUGUCUGCGGACCACAGCGCGGCCAAGAGCCUGGAGCGCGCCGAGCGGUUGGUCUGCCGUGAGGAGCUGAGUGUGCAGCAGCAGACCCCCGACACCAUUUCAAUCAAGGUUGAAGAGGAUAUUGGUGGAGGCAUGCCCGCCGUAGAAGACAAUGUCAUCAGAGACUGCAGCACGCAGCGCGGCGCCACCUCGGAGAGUCUGCGUGUGGACGCCCCUGGCUCCUCCCACAUGUCGGGUCACAGCGGGGAGCUGCGCAUCCUGAGCGUCUACGGACAAGGGGAGGGCCCUCUGGCGGUGGACGGCCAUGACACCCUCUUUGCCGCGUCAGAACUGGAGGUCUUGAGCUCGCUGUCUGCUGACCACAGCGUGGCCAAGAGCCUGAACUGCAGCGUACGGCUCGUCCGCCUUGAGGAGCUGACUGGGCAUCAGGGCGGCCGCAAGGGCCGGCCCGGUGUCUUGUGUGGAAAGGUUGUUCCCAACAAUGCCAAUAUGAUUGUCCACAUGAGGACUCACUCUGGGGAGAAGCCCUACAAGUGUGACCAAUGCACAAAGCGGUUCAGUCUGAAAGGCACCCUGAAUAGACACAUGAUGAAUCACUCUGGAAAAAUCACCAGGAAAUCUGCAGCUGCACAUAGACACCAUCUACUCUGUCCAGUUUGUUUGAGGACCCAAGAGUCUCUAUCCUGUCACCUGCGCAGAGUCUGCAUGAAGGAUAAGACACCACCACAGAUCCUAGAGGUGGUUGAAAAGGCCAAGAAAGAUGUGUGUGACCUCCUGAAGAAUGGACGGGCUUUUAGUUAUGCAGUCCUGAAGCAAAUCGUCUCAUCACCAAAUCCACUCGAAGGAUUGAUUGAGGAGCUGAAAUACCAUCACUUGUUUGUGACAGGAGUCCCUCCUCCUCUGCCCAUUGGUAAUCCAAGGUUGGUCACCGAAACCCUUUCUGAAUGCCCUGGGGAGGCACCCGGAGAGACAGAGCCAUCUGAUGUGGAAUCUUGCGGCAGCAAUGAGCUUUUUCAAUGUAGACAAGAGAAAACGUAUACCAAAGACAAAAUGGUGAAAGCGAAGGAUUUAGGCAUUUUGAAAAAGCAUUCAGCAGAUCAUCCAUUGCUCAAGCGCUUUGCCGACUACCUAAAGAAUGAUUACGAAAAUGCAAAGUACCAACAGGAGGUUGACACUGUUUCCCGGUACCUGUAUUUUGCUGAUCCUACGGAACCAUCUUUGAAGUUUGUCAAUGACAGAGAGAAGCUCAGAGACUUCCUGGGUCAACAGGCUAAGGCAGGGUAUAAGGCACAAACAUCAGGAAAUUACAUCAAGUGCUUGAAAAGGUUCUUGGAGUUCCACUUGACAAGGACCGGCUUGAGACAGGAUGACAGGGAGCUCUACAAGCAGUGCACGUUAUAUUUGAGUUUUUUAACUUCUUCACAGAGUGUCCUCUCUAAGCAAGCGAGCAAAGAAAUUGUGCAAAAGAGGCAUGCCUUGUUGUUUGACAAAAGUCAACCCACACCUCGUGAAUGCUUGGCUGUUCUUGAUAAAGGUGAAGGUGACUUAGUGAAAAUCAUGAAUCAACUUGAUGACAGUUCUUCUUCCUCCCUGAGUAGGACUGAGUGCAUAUUUGUGCUAUACUAUCUUGAGGCAAUUGUCAUACUAAGACACUGCCAACGGCCAUGUGUGGUGCAGAGCAUGAAGGUCAAGGAAUGGCUUGAACGGAAACACGCAGAUGAUGAUUCAAUCGUUUUUGUAAAGGACCACAAGACGGCUGCACAUUUUGUGGUCUCAUUUGUCCUGUCCAAGAAGGAGGAGGCGUGGUUUGAGAAAUAUUACACCAAAGUGCGGCCACAGCUCCUUGCUGGCGAAAGGAAACGUAAGCGAGAUGAGCAGGAUGAGAAGGAUGGAGAUGAUUUUUUCUUUGUGUCCUCCCGCGGUAAGCCAAUUUACAAUGCAGCUGGUGAUCUGAUAAAGCUCCAGCAAAAGUGCAACGUCCCCCAGGUGAGCAGCCAGGUUGUACGGAGGGUAUUUGAGACAGCAGCUAACCGCCUGGAUGACCCUCAGAAGAAAGCAGUUUCUGACUACCUGGCCCAUUCUGGCACAACAGCUGACAGACAUUACAGGAUGAAAUCUCUUGAAUCCAUUGUGAUGGCUGCUGGUCUGCUGAAGAAAUUACAGAAGCAGAAGAAGUCAAGUGCUGGGCCUUCCGGAGAAGGGACCCGUCAAGAGGCUCUUGGAGAAGGGACCAGCCCUCAGUCUUCCAGCCAUGAACAAUUCAAUCGGAGGAGGCCAACGAAAGAGCGUGUCGACACAUGGGUCAAAAAGCAGGGAUGGAAGUGCAAGGCUGCCAACAUCAGCACUGAGGUUGUGGAGAACUGGGCACCAUCUGGAUCUGAGGACCGCAUCAUGGACAACAAACGGAUCCAGACAUUGGAUAUGGAUGAGGACUCCAAAAUCGUACCAUGA